AAAAUAAAAAAAAUUCCUGCCGGACCGAACCAACCAACCACACCAAGAGCAACGAGGCGGGCAGCGUCGAUGCUGUUCAGCCACGCCGGCGCCGGCCGCCGGAGCAUCCCAGAGGCUCUCGCCCACGCGCUGGUCUGCCCCCUCUCCAAGAAGCCUCUCAGGUACUGCGAGGCCAGUGGGUCCCUGGUCAGCGACGCCGUUGGCGUGUCCUUCCCGAUAGAAGAUGGGAUUCCUUCCCUUGUUCCAAAAGAUGGGAAGUUUCUCGAGGACGACCCGGAGAAAUCAGAACAAGAGCCCAUCCCUAGGGAUUCUUCUUGCUGAGUCAGACAAUCCAAUCGUUCUGUAGCAAGAAGACAUCGUUGGCUGUAAUACUGAGAUAUUGCUCCCUUCCAAUUACUGCUUGUUAAUAAAUCAUCGACUUCUUUUGCCUUGCUCGAUGUAAUGAAGUGGAUACAUGAUUGCUGUCGUUCAGUUGAAAAGGCUAAUAUACUGUUUCAUCUUGAAUAACAUUAGUGCAAACGAAUUUUGGGAAAA